AUGGACCAUGACCUCUUAUCCAACAGAGCAGUCAAGUCCCUCCCCCAACUCAAAGAUCAUUUCCAAGCUCUGGACCAACUCCGCGAAUCCGAUCUUGAGUGGACCAUUUGCUACAACGGUAUCUUCCUCGACUAUUUUGGUACUCCGGCCAUGAAAUCGAACCUCAAACCGAACGUCUUCGUCAUCGAUAUAGCCAACAAAGUCGCUACCAUUCCAGGGGACGGUAACACUCCUGUCACGUUCACGUAUACGUAUGGCCUUGCUCGGUUCAUUGUUGCGGCCUUGGAUCUGGAGAAAUGGGAAGAAAAGAGCCGAGUGGUCGGUGACGAGUUGACUUGGAAUCAAUUUGUGGCGUUGGCGGAAGAAUCUCGAGGGUCCACAUUCAACAUCUACUACGAUGACGUUGAGAAGCUGAAGAGAUUCGAAAUCACAGGACUGCCGGGUCAUAAAGCCCUGUACGACCAUGUCCCCAAAUUGCAAUUCCAAUGGUUCAUAUCCAUCUUCGAGCUGUUCACCACCGAUGGAUCUUCGCACAUCCAGAGGGCUGGGUCUUUGAAUGACCGGUUCCCGUAUAUCAAGGCGCUCUCUGUGAAAGAGAUGCUGGACCAGUAUUGGAGACGGGCUGAGACUAACUAA